UGGCGGCAAGUCGAUCACGCAGGAAGUUAUUCGCAGUCAGUCACUGUUUUUGCUACUGCGAAGAAAGUUGAUGAAUAUUGGUAGUGACUAGUGUGAAAGGAUUUGUUGAUUAAAAAUUUGCCUUUGUUGAUUGCUAUGUCUCUGUGGCGAGUUCUACCACCCAAGCUCAUUGAAACAUCUAAGAAUGUUUUCGUAAAUACAUCUAGUCUUUACUAUCAUCCAAAAGUUUUAGAUCACUAUGAUAAUCCUAGAAAUGUAGGAAGCCUUGAUAAAAAUGACAAAAAUGUAGGCACUGGUUUAGUUGGAGCCCCAGCAUGUGGUGAUGUUAUGAAACUCCAAAUCAAGGUUGAUGGUGAUGGUAAAAUCAUAGAUGCUAAGUUCAAAACAUUUGGAUGUGGUUCAGCUAUUGCAUCCAGUUCACUUGCUACAGAAUGGGUCAAGGGCAAAACUGUAGAUGAAGCUUUAAAACUCAAAAAUACAGAUAUAGCUAGAGAAUUGUGUCUUCCACCAGUCAAGCUGCAUUGUUCAAUGCUUGCAGAAGAUGCUAUCAAAGCAGCUUUAUCAGAUUACAGAAUCAAACAACAAAAUCCAGCUAAGAAUGAUAGCAAAUCAGAAUCAAAUAAAGAAUGAAUCUUAAAUCUUUGACUUUAUUAAAAAGAUUGUAGAUUAAUUUUUUUCUGAUGUGUAAAGCUUUAUAUUUUAUUUAUACUUUAGUGUUGAAUAAAAUUAAAAAUAUAACAGUAUGUUGAAAUGUAUAUUUUGAAUUAAAUAAAACAUAUGUACUAGUUUGUAAUUAAA